UUUAUAUUGCAUUUUGAACUCCUCCCACAAGAUCUUCUAGAAUGUUCUAGAAUAUUCUAUAGGCUGCCUGUUUGUUACAUUUGGCUCUUCAAUUUUCAUUUCCCUCUCUCUAUAUAUAUAAUCAGCCUCAAUUCUACAUGAUUCAAAAAAUCAACCGCCAAAACCCUGAAACUCUGAACUGACUCUUGAGUUUAUCAAUGGUGAUCAUUACCGAAUACAAUGAGCAAGAUGACAUACCACCAUCGUCCUCACCUGUAGAGGAGGUUAAGGACAAGAACGCUACUAAGGCCAUUAAACAGAACAAGAAGGGGCUUCAAGCUCCCAACAUAGGCAAUGGCCUUGAUCUGGACAACUACUCUUGCGGUCAAUCCGUACAGGAGGUUAAGGUGGCCAAUAAUGCUACUGAGGCCAUUGAAGAGAACAAGAAGGGGCAUCUAGCUCCUACCAUAGGCAAUGGCCUUGAUCUGGACAACUACUCUUGCGGUCAAUCUGUACAGGAGGUUAAGGAGGCCAAUAAUGCUACUGAGGUCCUUGAAGAGAACAAGAAGGGGCCUCUAGCUCCCAACAUAGACAAUGGCCUUGAUCUGGACAACUACUGUUGGGGUCAAUCAUUACAGGAGGUUUAUGUCAAUAUUCCUGUACCUCAGGGAACAAAAUCACGGUUUAUUGUUUGCGAUAUAAAAAGGAACCAUCUUACAGUUGGACUAAAGGGUCAGCCUCCAAUUGUUGAUGGAGAACUCUAUGGACCUGUCAAAGUUGAGGCUUGUUUCUGGACCUUAGAGGAUCAGAAAUCCAUCUCUCUACUCCUUACCAAGAUAGACCAGAUGAACUGGUGGAAAUGGGUAGUUAAAGGUGAACCUGAACUCGAUACCGAGAAAGUUGAACAAAUUACAAGCCUAUCAGAAUUGGACCCGGAGACUCGAUCUAGUGUUGAAACUGUUAUGUUUGAUCAGCGACAGGAAGCAAUGGGUCUUCCAACACUAGACGAGAUGCAAAACCAGGAGAUGGAAAAGUUUAUAAUGGAAAAGGUACUUCAUGAUAAUGUGUUCUUCUCUCCUGCCCCCUCCCUCGAAGAGUAUUCAUAUUAACUGAUUUUGUUCAUGAUGUUCUGCAGUAUCCAUGGAUGUUUUGAUAAGCGAAAAUAUUUCUGAAUAGACAUCUCUUCUUUACUCCGGCUGGAAUUCAAGAUGAUUUUGUGCAUAUGAGAAACUUAUAUUGUAUAGUGACUUUUGUGUAGGCCAAGGAAGAUACUUAUGUACUGCUAUCGGAGUAAUUGAUCUAAACAGUUAGUAAUCUGAACAUGUUCAUAUUCUAAUCCAUGCCCUUCCUCUUCUCUAUGCUUGUUGAACUUUUAUUCUCUUUUGUAGUUCGUGUUGAGUUUUCCCUACACUGUUAUUGGAAUGUGGUGUCCUAUACCGCGGUUAAUUGUUUUACCUGAUUUUCUGUUAGA